AUGACAUCAUUAUGUUGUUUUAAUCAAAAAGACGUGAUUUAUCGUCGCUCAAAUCAGUCCAUCUUAUCUUUUCAAUCGAAUUUGGUGAGUUUUUUCUAAUGAUUUCAACAUCGCUCUUGUUUUUUAUCUAGAAAGAUUUGAUUGAAAUCGGGAAAUUCAAUAUUGUAGUAACGAAAAUUUUUGACUGAACUUCUAAAAGAAUAUCGAAAGAAAGAAUAAUUUUGUUUUUUUUUUUUUGCUCAAAAGAUUAAAGGAGCACACGGCAGGCACCAUGACGCGGUCCCAGCGCGUCAGCGUCAGCUGAAGAGGGCGUGGUCUGUUAUUGAUCGGCGGCCGCGCGCGAGGGGGGGAGACCUUCUGGCUCAUUCGUUCCUUUUUCGCCGUCCUGUGAGGUGCCAGGCAACUGAUGCUUUGUAUUUCGAAACUUGUAUAGAAUUUUCUGGAAAGUUCUCCAAUCCCUUUCAACUCUCUCAUACACUCGUUUUUAUUUCACUUGAAGCAUAUCUGAAAAAAUUACUAAUAACAUUUGGUUCGCAUAUUUUCGUCUUUCACUGUUUCUUUUUGUGCUUGGCUUUCAAUUCUUGUUUUUCAGAAAAUGCAAAUUUUCGUGAAGACACUCACCGGAAAGACCAUCACUCUUGAAGUCGAAGCUUCUGACACAAUCGAAAACGUCAAGGCCAAGAUUCAAGACAAGGAAGGGAUUCCCCCAGAUCAGCAGCGAUUGAUCUUCGCUGGUUUGUUUUUUUUAGAUAGAAAAAUAAGAAGAUAGAUAAUUUACAGGAAAGCAGCUCGAGGACGGCCGUACGCUUUCUGAUUAUAACAUCCAGAAGGAAUCCACCUUGCACUUGGUUCUGCGACUUCGCGGAGGAAUGCAAAUCUUCGUCAAGACUUUGACCGGAAAAACCAUCACCCUUGAAGUCGAGGCUUCCGACACCAUUGAAAACGUCAAGGCCAAGAUCCAAGACAAGGAAGGAAUUCCUCCAGACCAGCAGCGAUUGAUCUUCGCCGGUUCGUUUCAGUUGGAUUUAGUUCAAAAAUGAUGUUUUUUUUUUACAGGAAAGCAGCUCGAAGAUGGCCGCACGCUUUCCGACUACAACAUUCAAAAGGAGUCCACCUUGCACUUGGUUCUGCGACUUCGCGGAGGAAUGCAGAUUUUCGUCAAGACCUUGACUGGCAAGACCAUCACUUUGGAAGUGGAAGCCUCCGACACCAUUGAAAAUGUCAAGGCCAAGAUUCAAGACAAGGAAGGAAUUCCCCCAGACCAGCAGCGAUUGAUCUUCGCCGGUUAGUGAACAUUUCAAUUAUAAUAAGUUCUAAACGAAAUUUUUCUACAGGCAAGCAGCUCGAGGACGGCCGCACGCUUUCUGAUUAUAACAUCCAGAAGGAAUCCACCUUGCACUUGGUUCUCCGUCUUCGCGGAGGCAUGCAAAUCUUCGUCAAGACCUUGACUGGCAAGACCAUCACUUUGGAAGUGGAAGCCUCCGACACUAUUGAAAACGUCAAGGCGAAGAUCCAAGACAAGGAGGGAAUUCCCCCAGACCAGCAGCGAUUGAUCUUCGCCGGUUCGUUCCAGUUGGAUUUAGCUCAAAAAUGAUGUUGUUUUCUACAGGCAAGCAGCUCGAAGACGGGCGCACUCUCUCCGACUAUAACAUCCAGAAGGAAUCCACCUUGCACUUGGUUCUCCGUCUUCGCGGAGGCAUGCAAAUCUUCGUCAAGACUCUGACCGGAAAAACCAUCACUCUGGAAGUCGAAGCUUCUGACACCAUUGAAAAUGUCAAGGCCAAGAUUCAAGACAAGGAAGGAAUUCCCCCAGACCAGCAGCGAUUGAUCUUCGCCGGUGAGUGAACAUUUCAAUUAUAAUAAGUUCUAAACGAAAUUUUUCUACAGGCAAGCAGCUCGAGGACGGCCGAACGCUCUCUGAUUACAACAUUCAAAAAGAGUCUACGCUCCACUUGGUGCUCCGACUUCGUGGAGGCAUGCAGAUUUUCGUCAAGACGUUGACCGGAAAAACCAUCACUCUGGAAGUCGAGGCUUCUGACACCAUUGAAAAUGUCAAAGCCAAGAUUCAAGACAAGGAAGGAAUUCCCCCAGAUCAGCAGCGAUUGAUCUUCGCCGGUUCGUUUCAGUUGGAUUUAGUUCAAAAAUGAUGUUUUUUUUUUACAGGAAAGCAGCUCGAAGAUGGCCGCACGCUUUCCGACUACAACAUUCAAAAAGAGUCUACGCUCCACUUGGUGCUCCGACUUCGUGGAGGCAUGCAGAUUUUCGUCAAGACGUUGACCGGAAAAACCAUCACUCUGGAAGUCGAAGCUUCUGACACCAUUGAAAAUGUCAAGGCCAAGAUUCAAGACAAGGAAGGAAUUCCCCCAGACCAGCAGCGAUUGAUCUUCGCCGGUGAGUGAACAUUUCAAUUAUAAUAAGUUCUAAACGAAAUUUUUUUCUACAGGCAAAGCAGCUCGAGGACGGCCGUACGCUCUCUGAUUAUAACAUUCAGAAAGAAUCCACGCUUGCACUUGGUUCUGCGACUUCGUGGAGGCAUGCAGAUUUUCGUCAAGACGUUUGACCGGAAAAAAACCAUCACUCUUGAAGUCGAGGCUUCCGACACCAUUGAAAACGUCAAGGCCAAGAUCCAAGACAAGGAAGGAAUUCCUCCAGACCAGCAGCGAUUGAUCUUCGCCGGUUCGUUUCAGUUGGAUUUAGUUCAAAAACGAUGUUUUUUUUUUACAGGAAAGCAGCUCGAAGAUGGCCGCACGCUUUCCGACUACAACAUUCAAAAAGAGUCUACGCUCCACUUGGUGCUCCGACUUCGUGGAGGCAUGCAGAUUUUCGUCAAGACCUUGACUGGCAAGACUAUCACUUUGGAAGUGGAAGCCUCUGACACCAUUGAAAAUGUCAAGGCGAAGAUCCAAGACAAGGAAGGAAUUCCUCCAGACCAGCAGCGAUUGAUCUUCGCCGGUUAGUUUCGGAUUGAGUAGGAACAAUGCUCAAUUCAUUUUUGUUUUCAGGAAAGCAACUCGAAGACGGGCGCACUCUCUCCGACUAUAACAUCCAGAAAGAAUCGACCCUUCACUUGGUUCUUCGUCUUCGCGGAGGAGAUUCUUGCUAA